CUCUGGCUGGGGGCGCGGCCUGCGCCUGCCGCCCCACCCACCUUGCAUAAAAGGCCGAGCCCGCCGGGGCCGGCUCUCUCAGCCGGUCCGUUCCUGAGUGCCAUCCUGCUGAACGCGUUGUGGGCGUGGGAGAGGAGGACCGACACUCACCCGCCGGAGACGCAGAUCGAGCCAGGAACGAGCUAGCCAGGCAAUCAUGCGUGAGAUUGUGCACAUUCAGGCGGGCCAGUGCGGCAACCAGAUCGGCGCCAAGUUCUGGGAGGUCAUCAGCGAUGAGCACGGCAUCGACCCCACCGGCAGUUACCAUGGAGACAGCGACUUGCAGCUGGAGAGGAUCAACGUGUACUACAACGAAGCCACGGGCAACAAAUACGUACCUCGGGCCAUCCUGGUGGACCUGGAGCCCGGCACUAUGGACUCCGUGAGGUCGGGACCCUUUGGCCAGAUCUUCAGGCCCGACAACUUCGUGUUUGGCCAGAGUGGUGCCGGGAACAACUGGGCCAAGGGCCACUACACAGAGGGGGCCGAACUGGUGGACUCGGUGCUGGACGUGGUGCGGAAGGAGUCGGAGAGCUGUGACUGUCUCCAGGGCUUCCAGCUGACCCACUCGCUGGGAGGCGGCACGGGCUCAGGCAUGGGCACCCUGCUCAUCAGCAAGAUCCGCGAAGAGUACCCUGACCGCAUCAUGAACACCUUCAGCGUCAUGCCCUCGCCCAAGGUGUCAGACACCGUGGUGGAGCCCUACAACGCCACGCUGUCCGUGCACCAGCUGGUGGAGAACACGGAUGAGACCUAUUGCAUCGACAAUGAGGCCCUGUAUGACAUCUGCUUCCGCACCCUCAAGCUGACCACACCCACCUACGGGGACCUCAACCACCUGGUGUCUGCCACCAUGAGCGGGGUCACCACCUGCCUGCGCUUCCCGGGCCAGCUCAACGCUGACCUGCGCAAGCUGGCCGUGAACAUGGUGCCCUUCCCGCGCCUGCACUUCUUCAUGCCGGGCUUCGCGCCCCUCACCAGCCGGGGCAGCCAGCAGUACCGUGCGCUGACGGUGCCCGAGCUCACGCAGCAGAUGUUCGACUCCAAGAACAUGAUGGCCGCCUGCGACCCGCGCCACGGCCGCUACCUGACCGUGGCCGCCAUCUUCCGCGGCCGCAUGUCCAUGAAGGAGGUGGACGAGCAGAUGCUGAACGUGCAGAACAAGAACAGUAGCUACUUCGUGGAGUGGAUCCCCAACAACGUCAAGACGGCCGUGUGCGACAUCCCGCCGCGGGGGCUCAAGAUGUCGGCCACCUUCAUCGGCAACAGCACGGCCAUCCAGGAGCUGUUCAAGCGCAUCUCGGAGCAGUUCACGGCCAUGUUCCGGCGCAAGGCCUUCCUGCACUGGUACACGGGCGAGGGCAUGGACGAGAUGGAGUUCACCGAGGCCGAGAGCAACAUGAACGACCUGGUGUCCGAGUACCAGCAGUACCAGGACGCCACGGCGGACGAGCAGGGCGAGUUCGAGGAGGAGGAGGGUGAGGACGAGGCUUAGGUGUGGGUGGCUGCAGGCUGGGCCGCCCUAUCUGGAUCUUUCUGGUGCUGUUCACUGUUGCCUGUCACUCUCCCGCCCCACCCCACCCCCCUUUUUUUUGUAAUAUGUAACCUUUGAGCUCUUUUCGGAACUACUGUUGUAAUGACUAAAAAUCUCAUAAACGUUU